AUGACCGCCGGUCUCCUCCUCGGCGACGCCGCCGCGGCCCCGCGCGCCCGCAUCGCCGUCUGCCGGCCGCGCCUGCACCUCUGCGGCUGGGCCCCGAGGCCCCACCACGGCUGCCGCCUCUCCCGCGGCCGGGGGCGCGCGCCGGCCAGGUUCGCCGCGUCCGCGUCGGGCGGCGGGCGGGGCGGAUGGGACGAGCCCUCGGAGGAGGAGGUACGACGGGAGAGGGAGGCGGAGAUGGCGCGGCGGCUGAAGGAGGCGGAGGAGAUGGACGAGCUGGAGCGCACCGCCGAGGAGCUGCAGAGCCGGGCCGCCCCCGACGACGAGUCCGAGGAGGAGAAGCGCGAGCGCGUCCGCCGCGAGCUUCAGAAGGUGGCCAAGGAGCAGGCUGAGAGGAGGGCGACGGGGAAACAGAUGUUCGAUCUGGGGCAAAGGGCGUAUGGGAAAGGGAUGUAUGGCCGCUCCAUCGAGUUCUUGGAGGCCGCACUCACCAUCAUACGUCCCUCCUCGCUCCUCGGCGGUGAGAUUCAAAUUUGGCUUGCAAUGGCAUACGAUGCCAAUAGGCGGCACAAGGAAUCCAUAGCAUUGUACAAAGAAUUGGAGAAUACACAUCCAAUGAUUAGCAUCAGGAGACAAGCAGCUGAAUUCCGGUACAUUGCUGAGGCGCCCAAGUUGAAGAUCUCCAACGAUGAGGUGGUCACGAUACCGCAAAUUGGAUCUAGCUGGGACUGGUACGCUGGGACAUGGAGUGACAAGAUCCAAGAGCAAGAGGACAAGAAAAGAAAGAUGGUGGCCGCCGCGAGCCAACCGGAGCCGUCGACGAACGUCUUCGGCAACCUGUUCCUCCUGCGGCCGCCGAGCGAGUGGAAGAAGAGCGCCUGGGCGAUCGUCACCCUGUGGGCCGUGCUGAUCGGGACAGCGUUCUAUCUGCAGAGAUGA